UACAAAAAAGCUUUGAUGCAAUCACAGCCCUACCUUGAGCCCCACCCAGGCCAUGCAUGCUUAUUGCUUAAUUAUUUUUCUUAGUCAGAAAUGGCAGCCCAGCUGAAGGUGAAUCUUAAGCCUCUUAUACUACAAAGAGUGAGGGUAACAAGGAAAGAGUUAGGCCGUGGAUCAUAUGGAGUUGUCAUAGAGCUAAGAGUCAAUGGGAACCAAUGUGCAGGGAAGAAGCUACACGACUUCCUAGAUACAGAAGAUAGCCUGUUGAGUAAACUGGGUGAAGGGAUCAUUCUUCACAGUCAACAGCAUCAUCCCAAUAUAGUGAAAUUGCUUGGAGUUCAUUAUCCCAGUGGUUCACAAUUACCAAUGCUGGUAAUGGAGUAUCUUCCUUAUUCUCUACUACAACUAAUAGAGAGAAGAGUAGCUAUGAAUAAAGAAGCAAUCCUGCUUGACGUUGCCAGUGGACUCGAUUAUCUUCACUCAAAGAGGCCUCCAGUUAUUCAUCGUAACAUCAAGGCCAGUAAUAUACUCCUCACUGUUGAUCACAAUCCAAAGAUAACUGAUCUGAGUAUGUCUAAAUUUGGUGAUGCAUUAAAGCAGCAUCAUUACACCACAGCCCCUGGUAAUCCUUACCUGAUGCCACCAGAAGCACUCGUACAAAAUCCUGUCUAUAACGAGAAGUUAGAUGUGUUCUCUUUCGGUUGUCUUAUUCUACAUAUGCUCACUGGCAAUAUCAUUGUACCAACUGAUCAAUACAAACCAAAGCCAGAAGACCCUGGCUCUUUCAUUAAGGUAUCAGAAUGGGACAGGAGAGCUGAUUCUAUUAAACCAGUACUAGGAAACCAGCUGAUUCCUCUAGUUAAGUACUGCCUUGAAGAUGAUCCUUUCAGAAGAAUCAACGCAUCAGAUAUCAUCGAAAUUAUCAGUAGGUUACAGAUUGAUGAUCGAGAUGCUCAUCUAUGUGGUAUAUAUGUUGUGACUCAUGAUGGGGGCAAAAUUUUUUGUAAAGUCUCAGAAGAGUCCUUCAAUGAUACAUAUAUCAUAUCACUAAAGGCAGCACUUGUAAAUGUUAAGGAUAUUCCUAUAAAUAUGAUGAGGCUAUUUUAUAAAGAUAUGGCCCUUAGAGAUGACAUGACAUUUAAAGACUAUGAAAUUGAAAGACUUGCAAAUAUACAUUUCUAUGAAGGACAAGUUGGUGGAUAAGUGAUCAAUUGUAACUAAUGACAUUAUGUGAUUGAUAGGGCCAUUUAGUAUUAUUAUUACUAUUAUUUAUUCUUUUUGGAUAAUAUGACAAAAUAA